CGUUCCCCGGAGGAAGCCGACGGAGACUUCAUUGAUGCACCCAUUCCAGUGGUGUAACGGGUGUUUCUGUGGCCUGGGACUGGUUAGCACCAACAAGUCCUGCUCAAUGCCACCCAUCAGUUUCCAAGACCUUCCCCUCAACAUCUACAUGGUCAUCUUUGGCACCGGCAUUUUUGUCUUUAUGCUCAGCCUCAUUUUCUGCUGUUAUUUCAUCAGCAAACUCCGGAACCAAGCACAGAGUGAACGAUACGGCUAUAAGGAGGUGGUUCUUAAAGGUGAUGCCAAGAAGUUACAGCUUUAUGGGCAAACCUGUGCAGUCUGUCUAGAAGACUUCAAGGGGAAGGAUGAGCUGGGUGUGCUCCCGUGCCAACAUGCCUUUCACCGCAAGUGUCUGGUGAAAUGGCUGGAAGUUCGCUGUGUCUGCCCCAUGUGCAACAAGCCCAUUGCUGGUCCUACAGAAGCCACUCAGAGCAUUGGGAUCCUAUUGGAUGAGCUGGUGUGAAGGCAGCCUGCACAGAAGCUGGAGAACGCCUAGGCCCUCUCUUGCAUAACUACAGUGGACAAAACAAUUGGGUGGUGACAGCCAUGCUUACCAAAAGGGGAGGACACUGGGCUUUCUCCAAUAGGGCAAGACCAGUGGCACACUUGCCUUUUCUGAAGCUCCCUUUCCUGUUACUCCGUACUGAUGGCCUCAGCCAACCAGACCAUUGCAAAGCCAGUACCGAACGGUCCACCUGCCUCAUCUCUGCUCAGGGAAGGUGUCCACCUUCAUCUGGCCAUGAACACAGCACCCUCUUCGGGUUUGCCCUGAGGAGGACAAGAUGCACUUACCUGGAAGGGAUAAGCUGGCUCUGCCUCACCACUCCUUCCCUCUUCACCCCGCUUCCCCCCUAAGACAGGAACGAUCAGAGAAGGAGAGGCUGAGAGGCUAGAAGGCUCUGCAUUAAAACCGGGGUGGAGUGAGGAACUGUCUGAGGACAAAGUCAAUGUUUACAAGGGACCUAUCAGAACAAGGAUGGCCCGGGACUGGCUGACAGGAACUGGGAAAUCCAUCCUCUGCUAGGAUCUGAGGUGCUACCCACUCUCUCCCUCCUCCCCCGAUCAGAGCUUCCUAUUCCAUGGUGGGGAUUGAGAACCUCUACGGAGGAAGGGCUUGUUUUAUGCUCAACUAAUACCCAGGGGUUUUUUACUGGGGGGGGGGGGUUUCCCCCUUAAAGGAACAAAAGGGGCCUUUGGGUCAGGGGGUGAUUUGGUUACAGGAGCAACAGAAACCUGCCUUCCCCUUUGUACAUAGUAUUUUUAUACUUUAUCCUCAACAUCUCAGGCUUUGCAAAUGGGACCUCCCCUUCUCCCCAGAACUGAGGGGGAGAUCGGAGUCUUCUCUCCAGAGUGGGUGAGGAUGGGAGAAUGUGAUGUAUUUAAAGAAAAUUAAAUUUAAUAACA